AUGAAGCUUUACUUUGAGGCCGAGAAGUUCUUGAAGCCGAACGAGCGUGCUGGAAGUCUCCAAUCGCGAAUCUUCAAUGAUUCGAAAUUGAGUAACUCUCCUAAGCACAUAUUUGCUCUUGUGCAUUCUACUUUGAAAUACAAGGAAUAUAUCGAGAUGAUUAUCAAGAAGUCAAAAAUAAAGCAAGGCCUUCAGAUGAAGAAAUUGAAAAUCAGUGACGAGCUUUUGCUUCUUUUAGUGCAUGAUUUAGUCUUUUCAGCCAAAGGAAGAAUCCAACUGGGAAAACAUCCGAUUAAAGAUGCCUUCCUACAACAUCAGACCAGACUUCAGGCAGAGUUCACCAAGAUGAAAUUAAAGUACAGGGUCAAAUCUGCCAGUGAGUUUCCGACAAAAGAAGCAGAUGAAGACGAAACACCUAUUAGAUGGUUCCGUAUUAAUACCAUCAAAGUUGCAUCGCCAGAGAAGGUGUUUGAAACUAAUGAACUACUCAAGAACCUACAACCAGUAAACUCUAUAGACGACAUUAAAGACACAGGAUUUAUUUAUCAUGAUGAGUACAUACCGAACUUGUACGGUAUUCAUCCGCGUGAGAAGUUGACCUCCACCCAAGCUUAUAUCAAAGGAGAAGUCAUUAUUCAGGAUCGAGCAUCUUGUUUUCCAGGGUAUAUACUUAACCAGGACAGUGGAGAUAUUCAUACUGAAGUUAUUGAUGCCUGUGCAGCACCAGGUAACAAGACUACGCAUUCAGCGUCUUUUCUUCCUGAAGAUCGUUCUUCUGUAGUAUAUGCCUUUGAGAGAGAUUCUAAGAGAGUCAAAAUCUUGAAAACGAUGUGUGAAAAAGCAACAGGCAAGUCUAAAAAGGAGCUUAUCCAGAUUACACAUGCUGAUUUCACCACGACUAGGCCCGAUGAUUUCCCUAAUGUAACUGGUUUCGUGGUAGAUCCAUCUUGUAGUGGUUCUGGUAUCUUUGGACGAGCCUUGGAAGACUCACAGAAAGAGGAAGAAAAACAGCAAGAGAUAGACACUACAAGAUUGAACAAGCUCGCUGGGUUCCAGUUCAAAAUUGUGAAACAUGCUCUUCUAUUCCCCAGUGCCCGAAAGCUAGUUUACUCUACAUGUUCUAUACAUCCACACGAAAAUGAAAGAGUGGUCGUAGAUCUCUUGACCGAUCCAGAAAUAAAGAGCAGAGGAUGGCAUUUAGAAGACAGACUGAAGGUGAUUCCCAAUUGGGAAAGAAGAGGCUGGAAAGAAGAGUUUACUUCGAUAGCUGGCGGCGACAACGAGAUGUGCGAGAAGCUUGCGGGAGGUUGUGUGCGUUCUAUUCCGAAAGAGGAUGGAGGUAUCGGGUUUUUCGCAGCCUGUUUUGUUAGAGAUAAUGAGAAGACGCAACUUGAAGAUAAUGGAGGCUCGGAAGUAAGAAACGGUUGUUGCAAGCCUAUAACUGAUGCUUCGGAUAAGGCACAAGAGACAAGCGAAGAAGUAGCCGAGACCCUGAAUACAGACACACAAGCAGAAUGGACAGGAUUCAAUGACUAAUUCAAGGGCGUUUGAGUGAAGGGAAACUAAUAUCUACUAAUAUCUAAUAUAUCAUCUUUUCAGUUGCGAAAUAUUACUCACAACGCAGAAGUAACAAAAGCGCAUCAAAUUUCCAGACGUAAAGAACAAAAGAAAAGAAAUCUGCAAGUCGAGUCAUACAUACAUACAAUAUUGCCUUAUAUAAUACCAAGAAAUUACGGAAAUCCACUAC